AUGGCAGUUUGGGCAGCAGUGCUGAUCACCUAUGGAGUCUCUGUAGGAAUUGCAAUGGACUCAGCUGAACCUGGGUUAAAUGAAAUCCUUCAACUUGACAUGGCUCCAAAUUCUGUUGAUGACAUGUACGAUGGCUGCAAAGACAUAAUGAAGAAGGUGGUAAAAGAAUACCUGCAGAAUGAGAAAAACAAAGACAAACAAUUCAAAGAGGCCUGGGACAAAGCUGAAAAUGCAUUGAAGCCUAAAAAAAAGCCUCCUGCCAUGUGGAAAGUAGCUAUUUAUGUGUAUACCCUCGUUGAACCAAAAAUCUAUCUUGAUUUCAAUAAUGCAGUUCGAACCCAAAGAUUUGAGUACAACACCACAUUCAAGUAUCACGCACUUCACUUUUUCUUGACUGACGCCCUUCAAACACUCAAUAAAAAUGCGAAAUGUUUCACUGGCUACCGUAGAGUCAACAGCUCCUUUACAUCCCAAGAUGUUCUCAACAAGGAGAUUCGCUUUGGCUCUUUUACCUCCAGUACUAGGGGUGGGUACCCCAGCGCUGAAAGAUUUGGAGACGAGUCAUGCUUUGAGAUUUUCACAUGCUCUGGAGCAGAUAUCUCGGAGCACUCUACCGUUAAGUCAGAGAAUGAAGUCUUGAUUCCUCCUUAUGAGGUCUUUAAAGUUACAAAGAUUGAAAGGAGAUCUGACCAGAAGAGUCUUCCAUGUAAGGUGGUAUAUACAGUGAAAAGACAACGGACAGUGUCCAACACGAAUUGUACUCUAUUCUGAAGUAAGCACUCUUGAAUGUUUUAAAUAGAGCUAACAAAAACAUGUAAAAUAACAUUAGAAACAGCUUUGAAGACCCUCAUGAAGGAUCUGCAAAACAUGUUGCUUGCUGUCUGGAAUGUGGACAAC